AAGUUUGCUUGGGGUCUGAAACCCGCGAACAGCGCUGUGUGUUCAGCCGGAAUCCGCGAGUGCAGCAGGUAGAUGCUGUCAUGCCAUUUGGGUGCCUUGCCCUGCGGGAUGGGAGGACGUACCACAGCCUGUCAGACAUCACCGAUAAAUAUGAGAUUGGGCAGGUUCUAAAGGCGAAGGAGUUUUGUGAGCUGUGCCUGGUAAAGGAACGGCAGACAGACAAAGUCUAUGUGUGCAAGAAAUUCCUCAAGAAAGAUGGCAGAAAAGUGCGGAAGGCUGCCAAGAAUGAGAUCAUGAUCCUAAAAAUGGUCAACCACCCAAACAUCCUGAAGCUGAUAGAUGCGUUUGAGACCAGGAAAGAGUUUUACAUCAUCCAAGAGCUGGCCACAGGUGGGGAUGUGUUUGACUGGAUCCUGGAUCAAGGGAACUACACAGAGAGAGAUGCUGCCAACGUAAUCCGGCAGGUCCUAGAGGCAGUGGCUUACCUCCACUCCCUCAACAUAGUUCACAGGAACUUAAAGCUGGAGAAUUUGAUGUACUACACAGAGAAUAACCAUAACAAAGUGGUCCUUCGUGAUUUCUAUCUCUCCCGGUUUGAGAACGGCUCCAUCACCGAACCCUGUGGAACACCAGAGUAUCUGGCCCCGGAGGUUGUGGCUCGACAUCGGUAUGGAAGGCCAGUGGAUUGCUGGGCCAUUGGGGUCAUCAUGUACAUGCUGCUGUCGGGAAAUCCUCCCUUCUAUGAUGAGACAGAAGAGGAGAACACAGACAUGCACAAUCGUAUUAUCUUCUGCCGGAUUGUUGCUGGAGACUACGAGUUUGACUCUCCGUACUGGGAUGACAUAUCACCUGCAGCUAAAGAGUUGGUGUGUAGGUUGAUGGAGGUUGACCAGAUGUUACGAAUUACAGCACAAGAUGCCCUGUGGCACGAGUGGAUUGCUGGAAAUGGAGCCUCAGAAAAAAACCUGAAGGAUGGAGUGUGUGCACAGUUUGAGAAGAACUUUGCAAAAGCCAAAUGGAGGAAAGCAAUUAGAGUCACGACAUUCAUGCAGCGUCUUCGGGCCUCAGAGAUGGGCUCCACAGAAGUGGCAACAGAGGGGCAGAGGGGUGUUCAGACUAAUGGAGGAGGAAGUGAAAGCAUCCCCACUGACUCGGGGGGAGGUUCAUCUGUGAGCAUGUCCAAUGAGAUGACAGAGGAAAACACACCAGUUGAGGAUCAAAAACGAAACAUGCAAGAGGAGAAAGAGACGGUAGUUAUAAAUUCACUCUCAGAAAUGUCAAAGCCACUGGCACACACAGACUCCUCAACCCAGACACAAGGGGAUGAGCAGGACAUGGUGGCAGAGAAGAAAGCAACUAUGGAUGGCUCUCAUAAAAUGGCAGCUGUUUUGGGCCGAGAGAAACCAGAGGCAUGCCAGGAACCCAGCUCCAGUAUAUACACGAAAGCCUCUGAUUGCCAAAGAAACACAUUUACCACAGACAAAGAAGCUACAGACAAGAAAGUAACACCUGAUACCCCAAACCGCCGUAGAAUGGCUGCUAACUUCUCUCUGGAUCAUGGGUUAGGGCAUGGUCCCAAGACUAGCAGUCCAGCUGUUGAGAAGGAACAGGCGAUAGCAAAUGAGGAGAAGGCAGAGACAGCAGGUAAGCAGGAAAAAUCCCCCGGUAGCUGGUGUCAGACCCAACUUCCAGAGACGGUAGCGGAGGGGCAGGUGGGUGCUGGGACGAUAGGAGAGAGUAGUCCCAGAGGUAGAGAGAGGGAAGGAAGCGGAAAAGACAAGUCAGGAAGGCAUGCACAAAGUUUGUAUGCUGGUAUAGAUUCUUCAUGUUUGGGCCAUAAGAAGACUGUGUAUGUGCAAGAACAGAGAGAUACAAGCCAUGGCGCUGCUUGUAGGAAUCCAUAUGGUAUUCCUUACUCUGUUAGCAGUGGGGCAGCCUACGAUGAUCUACAAGAAGGGGAUGCCAGUGCAGACUGGCAAAUGGACAACGCAAUUGAACAGAUAGAAAAGCAAAUGGCGGCUGUACUUGAGAAGAUUGAAGGUGAUAUGCCUUCCCUACUGGAGCAGAUCAGGGACUGUCCUGAGAGCUUACCCAAAGCAAAAAGCGCUCAGUCUUCUCCUUCAUUUCGUCAUCGCUCCUACCAAGAUCAUUCUACUCCACCACCUCUUCCUACCACCCCUCGGCCACCCAUGCCCUCUCUACCACACCUCACCAUUCCCCCACCCUCUUAUCCACCUCCAAACCCACCCACUCAAACCCAAACUCACAACCAACUGGCCACUGAGCAGAAUGAUGAUCUAGAUGGACAAAGGGUUACUGCAAGACUGAGCCAGUCACCGAGAGGAGGGGUGUCAGGCAGAGGCUUAUGAAGCUUACGUGAGCAAACUGUAAGAGAAGAUAAGAACAAAUCUUAGAACG